AUGUUGCAUACUGCCCCGAACGCCGCUCCCCGAGGCGUUGAGAUCGAGGACGUGCCAGAUUGCGAGGACACUGCCUCGCAGACUCACCGACUAGUGGAGGAGUACCCCGCGGAAGGUCUCGCAGGUGCUGCAUACCCCGGGGGAGGCGAGACGAAGUUUGACCAAAUCUUGAGGGAGAAGCUGGACAGAGGGGAAUGCCUACACGGUCCUUUUGAGGACGACGAGGAGUGGGAGUUGGCGAAAUGGUUAAUUGACAACGUCGGGCAAACGCAGACCGAUAAGUUCCUGAAAUUACCUAUUACUCGGAAGCGCACAUCACCGUCAUUCGAGAGCAAUAGGCAGUUCCUGGACCGCAUUGAUGCAUUACCUACACGAGGCGUCAAAUGGGACUGUCACACCGUGCGGAUCGCGGGAGACAAGAACGACGACAAUGGAAAUGUGAUGAUGGAGGAGGUAGAGCUCUGGGCACGCAAUCCUGUUGAGUGUGUCAAGGAGUUAAUAGGGAAUCCAGCGUUCCGAGAAGUGAUGGCAUACGCACCUGAGCGGGUCUACCGCGAUGGGCCAGGGAAACCGCGCAUCUUCGAAGAGAUGUGGACAGCCGACUGGUGGUGGGAGACCCAAGACAAGCUCCCAAAAGGAGCAACUAUUGCCCCGCUGAUCCUGGCCUCGGACAAGACAAAGCUGUCACAAUUCAGCGGUGACAAGUCCGCCUGGCCAGUGUACCUUACACUCGGUAAUAUUGACAAAUCGACGCGCCGCAAGGCGAACUCGCAUGCGACUGUCCUAAUCGGCUACUUACCUGUGGCAAAGUUGAGCUGCAUGACUACGAAGAUGCGUUCGGUGACUGGAUAUCGGCUCUUCCACUGGUGUAUGAGCAAGCUGCUUCAGCCACUAAUCGAAGCGGGGAAGGAGGGCGUCGACAUGACCUGCUCGGACGGUUGCAUCAGGCGUGUGCAUCCGAUUCUAGCGGCGUACGUCGCAGAUCACCCGGAACAAUGUCUUGUAGCCUGUUGCAAAGAAAGUUUCUGUCCCAAAUGUCGGGUCCAGCCCGACAAACGCGGUCAGCUCGACUUCGAAAUCCGAAGGAGGCUUAGCGAACGGAGCAAGGUCAUCUUGAAGCACAAGGCCAGCGGACGCCGUGUGCCAGCGUUCAAUGAAGAAGGGUUCAGGCCGGUCGAGGAUCCCUUCUGGGCGAACCUUCCAUUUGUCAACAUUUUUGAUUGUUUCACACCCGACUUACUGCACCAAUUGCAUAAGGGUGUAUUCAAAGAUCAUCUGGUCAGCUGGUGCGUUGACAUUGCGGGCAAGGAAGAGGUGGACGCACGCUUUCAAUCUAUGCCUAAGCAGCCGGGACUUCGCCAUUUCAAGGACGGCAUUUCAAUCGUGUCGCAAUGGACUGGAACUGAGCAUAAGGAAAUGGAGAAGACCUUCGUUCCGCUUCUCCAUGGCGCCCUUCCGGCAAGGGCUCUCACGGCUGCGCGAGCGGUCCUGGAUUUCAUUUACUAUGCUUCUUUUCAUUCCCAUACCUCGGAGACACUUUCCCGGAUGGAGAAUGCCCUGUACGACUUCCACGAGAACAAGGACAUCUUCGUCACUCUCGAUCAGCGCGACCACUUCAAUAUCCCGAAGCUCCACUCCAUGCAGCAUUAUAUGGCUGCUAUACGCUCACGCGGCUCGUGCGACGGAUACAAUACAGAGUCCCCCGAACGUCUACAUAUCGACUAUGCUAAGGAGGCGUAUCGCGCAAGCAAUAAGAAGGACUAUACCGAGCAGAUGGCGCUGUGGCUGCAGCGUCAAGAGAACGUCGCGGAGUUCUCAACGUUCUUAGAAUGGGCGACCUCUGAUGACUCUAGCGACGCUGAUGGACCCAGCAGCUCGGACGACUCUGAUGUCGCACCCGAAGAACCGGUUCCUCAGGCCCGCGCUCAUAAUGAGCAUGCUACUUUAGCCCUCGCUGCUCACCUGAGUCUUCCACAAUGUCCAAGCUUUCCUCUGAGAACUGUUGACCAGCUAGUGACUGACUUCCGGGCUACGCAGUUUGUCGAUGUGCUCGGAAAGCAUCUGCUGCGUGAACGGCCUGACGGGGCUCAGCCCCUUGUCCCGAAGAAUACCGAUCGCUUCGAUGUCUAUAAGCAAGUCAUUGCCUCUUGUACUGCGGUCCCUGUGGUUACCGACAAGACUAAGCUUCGACAGCGCCUGCGUGCCAUGCCAGCCAAGCCGGGGAAACGAGGACGCGAAGGAGCCCCUGCGGCUUUUGAUACGGUGUUGGUUAAAACGGACGGAGGUGACAGUAAUGGCCAUGCCAUAGGCACGGCUCUUCACGGACUGCGCGUCGCACAGCUGCGUGUUAUAUUCCGUCUACCGGAACAUUUACAAUACCGCCGGGGACGACAUGCAACCCUCCUUGCGUACGUCGAAUGGUUUACACCAUUCACUGCCCGGGAUCCGACAUUACAGAUGCAUUGGGUUUCUCGUUCAACGCGCGGCGGGAGACCCAAUGCUGAGGUUAUUGAACUUUCGCAUGUUAUAGGAGGAUGUCAUCUCGUACCUAAGUUUGGUACAGAGAUCAGCCCUCGGUGGACAUCCGAGAAUGUGUUGGAAGAUUGUAAGACAUUCCUUGUUAAUAGAUAUAUAGAUAUUCGGACAUUCUUCCUCCUGCAACCCCCUGCUUGA